AUGAUACGCGUGCUGUCCAUCAAUGGCAACACCCUGACUUGCCUCAAAUGGUCGCAAGAUCUGACAGUCGCCGAGAUUCGGUCCGCAGUCCUUGUCAACUUGAAGAGUUCUUGCGAAAGUGCCAGGGCAACUUCUCAGUUUGACUUGGUCCUGGAACGAAAGGUCCUUCGCGACUCUGACACACUGGCUGGAGGGGCAGAGCUUGAGGGCGAAGAGCUGCUGCUGCAUGUUGUUCGGAGAGCAGACCCGCAUGUACUGACAGCCUCGCUUGAUGGAACCGUUUCUAUAUUUGAUUCAGGUGGAACCAGAUGUUUCACGAAGGACGGUUUCCACAAGCUGGUGGGCAUUUCUGCAACAACAUGUGGUCUCUGGCUGGCAGCCUGCGCUGAUGGUCUUGUUCAUGUAUUUGACGGUGGAAAUUACCUCUGCAACAUCCAGGGGUCCCCUCGCCAAAGACAGAACGCAACAAUCUCGCCGGACGGGGUGCGCAUCGUGAUGCCUGCAGGUGAUCGCACAGUUAAGUCUUUCGACCCGCGAUCAGGAAGGUGUUUGUUGGCUUAUUCUGAUUUCGACUCAGACGUUUGCUGGGUGAUGUUCUCACCAGAUGGAUCUAGCUUGUUGUGUGUGACUGAGCGCGGUUUUGCAUCACUUCUCGGGACAUCCGGGCAGCGAGUGCACAUGAGCCAGGCUGGCAAAUGGUGCCAUCGUACGCAUUUUAUGUGGCAUGGUCAAGCAAUCCUUGCAGUGUUGCGGGAUGGCACUGCGCGAUUGUUUGACACCGCUUCUGGACUUGACAUCUUGCAUUUGCACGAGAACCACGCGGUCAGUGACGCUGUCGUCUCACCAGACGACUCGCAUAUGGUGCUGGUUUUCAAUGACUGCACAGCCAAAUUGCACAACUGGAAGAACCAUCGUGUCGUGUCUUCCUUGGUGGUGGCCAACCUUGGCCACUACAUCGCUCCUCAGCCAGUAAGGUUCUCCGGAGAUGGCACCAACAUUUUGUUUGCCUUAGAUACUUGUGACGUGAGGGUGCUUCAUGCAAACAGCGGCGAUACCGUUAGCAUCUGCAAGGGUGGCAAGCAUCACAUCACUGCAGCCUGCUUCUCAGCGGAUGCCCGGAUGAUCCUCGAAGUCAGCGGCAAGCCAGCCGUCUCACCUCAGCUGGCACAGGAGCCUCUAUUCACAGGCUCGGCACCUCCACCUGGACAGUACGCAGAAAUAGGUGAAGUUAUACAUCCUCGAAUGAUCAGUGGCUGCCAGCAAAUCGAGGACAUCAAGCGUGUAGCUGCGCUGCAAACGAGCCCGCUUACGUUGGAAGAGCGCGAGCAAAUCCAGCUGCGGCGGGCGCAAGCAGCAGAGCGAAAGGAUUUGUUGCGAGCGCAGGCGGAAAGCAGCCACCGGAAUGGCGAAAUCAUGAACGAGCUUCAAGCCAAACUGGCACAAAGGCGGCGGGCGCUUGAAGAGUCAGUGUCAAAGAAUCCAGAGACCAGCGCCCCCCUGCAGUUCACUGCAGAGGAGUUACACCCAGGGAGUAACAUGCAAGGGCAGAAGUUUCAGCAAGGCCAUGGGACUACCCAGCCUGUGGCAGAUUUCGGGAUUUCUUCUUCAGAAAACAUUGCAGGCAACUACGCUGUGAGAAACUCUGAUUUCGGUAUCCGCUUUCUUGACGAUUGGGCUGGCUUCGAAGAGGAGCUCCCGCGAAGCGGCUACCACUCCUCUGACAAUGGUGCUAUCCACCUGCACCUGCUUCGGGCUUUGGGCCUCAAGAGCGAGAAGCCAUGCAAGUAUCAAUGGGAUCAUUUGGGAAGUGAUCGCGAUCACAUGGACGAAUACUAUGCGUUUGUUACUUGCACAAGGCUGCCCGGGGAAAGGGAGGAGAGAAUUCGAGCCAUUUUGGCUCAAAGCCAUUGUGGCUCAAGGCUCUAG